AUGGCCCCAAAUGAGACUCAACAGUAUAUGGGAAUUAUCCAGUUACUGCUCCUUUUUGGGUGGACGUGGGUCGGUCUUUUUGCUGCAGAUGAUGACAGUGGAGAACAUUUCUUGAAGACCCUUGAACCACUGCUUUUCCAAAAUGGAAUCUGUUCAGCCUUCACAGAAAGAAUUCCAAACCAAGCACAAUGGGAUUCAUUCGAAGACAUCUUUAGCUUACUCAGUAACAUACAUAGACCUUUUGAAGAUGGAAAAGUCAACACAUUUAUCCUCUAUGGAGGACCUAUUACUGUGUUAUCACUGAAUAACAUGAUGUUUUUUGGACUUGCUGACAAGGUGGGAAAUGUAUCAUUAAGCAAGGUGUGGGUUUUGACAGCCCAAGUUGAUUUCAUGUUAACUGGACACCAAAGGAAUUUUGAAUUUGAUGUGUUCCAUGGUGCCAUAUCUUUCACAACUCACUCAAACAAGCUUCCACAGUUCAAGGAAUAUCUUUAUGGUGUAAAAGCUAACCAGACAAAGCAAAAUGGUUUUCUCAAGGAAUUCUGGGAACAAGCAUUCGACUGUUCACUUCCAAAUCUCCGUGAGCCAGUGAAGAUCAGUGAGAUAUGCACUGGAGAGGAGAGACUGGAGAGUCUUCCCGGACUUCUUUUUGAAAUUCAGAUGACCAGUCACAGCUACAGUGUCUAUAGUGCUGUCUAUGCCAUAGCAUAUGCUUUGAAUGCCAUGAUUGCAUCUAAUUCCAUAACUGGCAAAAGUGGUAGACUCCAAGAUCUCCAACCUUGGCAGCUCCACCCAUUUCUUCAGGGCAUUACGUUCAACAACUCUGCUGGAGAAAGAGUGUCUUUUAAUGAGAACAAGGAAAUAGAAGCUGGAUUUGACAUCAUGAAUAUGGUCACAUUCCCAAAUAGGUCCUUCUUGAGAGUCAAAGUUGGAAGGGUUGAUUCCUCUGCUCCCAAAGGGAAACAAGUCAUCAUUAAUGAGGAUAUUCUUGUAUGGCCAAGAGAUUUUAGCCAGGGGCCUCCCCUUUCUGUGUGCAAUGAUUACUGUCAUCCUGGUUCUCAGAAGAGAAAGAAGGAAGGGGAGAAAUUUUGCUGCUAUAGUUGUGUUCGUUGCCCAGAGGGGAAGAUUUCACGCAAGAAAGACAUGGUUGACUGUGUAAACUGCCAAGAUGACCAUUAUCCAAGUACGGAACAAGAUAGAUGUAUUCAGAAAGUUAUAUCCUUCCUGUCACUUGAAGAACCUUUAGGGAUCAGUCUAGCUUUAUUAGCUGCAUCUUUUUCCCUUAUCACACUUUUAGUAUUAAGAACUUUCAUUAAGCACAGAGACACUCCCAUCGUCAAAGCCAACAACCGAGAUAUCACCUAUGUUCUCCUCAUCUCUCUCCUGCUCUGUUUCCUCUCUUCUUUAUUAUUUCUUGGAGAGCCACGCAAGGUGACCUGCUUCAUCCGACAAGCUGCUUUUGGUAUCAUCUUCUCAGUGGCUGUUUCUUGUGUGUUGGCCAAAACGGUUACUGUGGUUGUAGCUUUCAUGGCCACUCAACCUGGCUCCAGUAUGAGGAAGUGGGUGGGGAAAAGACUGACCAACUCCAUUGUCCUUUCCUGCUCCCUUCUUCAAGCAGCCAUUUGUAUGGUGUGGCUAGAAACCUCUCCCCCUUUCCCAGAUUUCGACAUGCAGUCUCUGACUGAAGAGAUCAUAGCAGAAUGUAAUGAAGGGUCCACCUUUAUGUUUUUCAUUGUUCUGGGCUACAUGGGACUUCUGUCCCUCAUCAGCUUGACUGUGGCUUUCUUUGCAAGGAAGUUGCCAGACAGUUUUAAUGAAGCCAAGUUCAUCACCUUCAGUAUGCUGGUCUUUUGCAGCGUUUGGUUGUCCUUCAUUCCGACCUACCUGAGCACCAAAGGGAAGUACAUGGUAGCUGUGGAGAUUUUCUCUAUCUUGGCCUCCAGUGGUGGACUAUUGGCUUGCAUCUUUUCCCCCAAAUGUUACAUUAUCAUGUUUAGGCCUGAGCUGAACAACAGAGAGCAGCUCAUUAGGAGAAAGAAUUAA